GCCCGGCGGGGGCUGUGAGGAAGGCGCCGCCGGAAUCUCCCUGCCCCCUUCCUGGGCCUUAGUUUCCCUGUACGAAAGGCGGGAGGACCGUGGGCACCCCAGCCCCGCGGCCCUUCACAGCCUCUGAGCCCAGGGCCCUCUCUCCCUGCAGCUCCUGGACUGGCCAGGCCCGCCCUGCCCUAUGGACGCCUCCACUAGCCCGUGGAACCCAACCCCGGCUCCUGUCAGCAGCCCUUCCCUGCUGCUCCCCAUCCCCGCCAUUGUCUUCAUCACUGUGAGCAUCUAUUUGCUGCUGCUGAGCCUAGUACUGCUGACUAGGCGCUGCCUGCUGGCCCAGGGCUGCUGCACAGACUUCAGCUGCCCCUGCAGGAAGCAAGGUGCCUCAGAGCCCCAGGACUGCUGCUGGACCUGCGCUGAGGCCUGUGACUUCCCUGUGCCAAGCCCCACCAGCUACCUGGAUGCCUGCUGCCCCCAGCCCAGCGAAGCUGAUUGGGCCCCCCGCUGUCCUCGCUGCUGCCCAUUCUGUGACUGUGCUUGUGCGUGCCAACUUCCCGACUGCCAGAGCCUCAACUGUCUCUGCUUUUGAGAUCAAGCUCCGAUGAGGACCUGGGGGCCUGCCCUCUGGGGAGCGGCCACCCCCCUGGGCCCACACACCCCCUGCCUGGGGGCUCUCAGGACACCUCACUACAGCCCACCCGAACCACAAAUGGCAGGCCUGGCUGCGCAGCAGUCGCGUGCUGGCUCCCUAGAGGCAGGACUGGGACCCCCUGGCCAGCUGGACUGCGGCUGACUGGGGAGGCUGGGCGGGAUAGGGGCUAGUGCUCCAGAGGGCCGCUGCCCAGCUUCCCUUCCUCAAGCAGACUGUUACACAGGGGGCGGGGGGCACUGCUGCUCACCACAGACUGUGUCAUGGAACUCAGCCAGCUGUGAACAUCAGUUUUUAGGGGUGCCCAGCUGCACCCUGUCAUGGACUCUUGGUUAUUUUAACAGGUGAGUGCCUGCAUCUGUUCUCCCUCUACAACUCCCAGCCCCAGCCGGGGAUUUAGCUCAGUGGUGCCUGCCUACCUCACAA